AUGCCACCUCCGUGGGGAGAGCCGGCUCCCCGCAGCGAGGACUCUGAGAGCGGUGUUCCAACAAGAGAGCUGAGCACCAAGCUAGAGCCAAACCUUCUGCGCGGUGUCCCUCUGCACGUGGCGCUGACUGGCUGGGGUCGGCACUGGAAAAAUUCGGAGAAUGGUAUGUUCACGCUGGAGCGCGGACCGCAAGGGGAGGCAAAGCGAUACGAGCUGAGCUAUCCCACGGCUUCCUUGGAUGCCUUCCUCAGCCACGACUGGGCCUCGAACGCACGGCUCAAGGUCUUGUCUUUGGUCAUCAUCUACAACUCGCGAGCUGCUUUCCUGUCCUGCCUUGCUGUCAGCAUCCUAGUGGGGGUGCUGAGAGCAGAAGGGUUGCUUCCUUCCGAGAUCUGGAUGGCCACCUUUGGCCACCUCAGCUUCUACCUUGUCCUGGCUCUCUGGCAGCGCAUCCGCAUGCUCUUCUGCAGACCUCAACUGGUCUUCUUGGACAAGCUUUGCAUCUCCCAGCAGGACGAGCAGUUGAAGCAGGCCGGCAUCCUCGGCAUAGCUGGCUUCCUGAUGGCUUCCAGGAAGCUGAUCGUCCUCUGGUCGCCCCGCACCUUCUUGCGCGUCUGGUGCGGCUUCGAGAUUGGGACAUUCCUCAGGGAUCGGCAGCGCCGAAUUCAGAUCAUGCCAUUGAAGACGGGUUCCCUGCUGCUGUUGGGAUCUCUCUGCUGGCAUGUCUUGAGCUUGUGCUUCCACGUCUUCUCGAAGUCGGAGGAUGCCCUGCUGGACUUCAAGGUGAACUUCAAUGUGCUGGCAUUGGUUUCAGCUCUGAUGACCCUGGUCUUCGCGCUGGUCCUGCCGCUGGUGUACGCCAUCGGCAUUGAGCUGAUGCGCGAACUUGCGGGGUUGCCGCAGCAGCUGGCCCAGUUCCGGAUGCAGGACGCAACCUGUUUCUGUUGUUCCAAUGGCCAUGCACAUCCACAAACGGGAGCUCCCAUACCAUGCGACCGGCAGCUCGUGUUCAAGCUGCUGCACAAAUGGUAUGGCAGGGAUGAGGACGGAGCAGAGUUCAUGAGCGAGGAUGCAUUGGAGUCCUUCAACGUCAUGGUGCGCAAACAGCUUGCUCCCCGGGUCGUUUCUGGUUUGGGGGCGAGCAUGCUGCCGCUUCCGUACACCGUGUUCCGAGCGGUGUGGGUCGGCCCGACCGACGCCGGCGCGAAGAGGACCCCCACACGGGCGCCCUCUGCAAGCAGCCGGGGUGCGGAGCGGACCUACGACGCGCCGAAGGUCCGGACUCGCUCCAUCGAUGUGGCGCGUGGCAUCACCUUUAAUGGCAGCAACUCUGACCGAGUCGCCAUAGCGCGACGAGGGCAAGCUGCGCAGAGGCCUCCACCUGUUGAGGACGACUGCGCAGAGUACUCCGAUCGCUUCCUGCCAGGCUACGAGAAGACGCAGCUCUUGGGCCGUGGUGCUUGUGCCGUUGUCUGGCUUGCCGUGCCCAGCAGCGGCUCCCGGACGCCUGUGGCGAUCAAACAGGUUGCCAAGGGCACUACGGGGAAGAAGAAGUCCGACACCGACGCGGCGAGGAAGGAGAUCCUGUUUGGCUCCUACUUCUUUGAGGCCGGCGGCGAGCCGAAGGUGUCGCCGAAGCAGAAUCCAGGCAUCGCUCACAUUGCGAAGCUCCUGGACUAUGUGGAGACGAAGCGUGACAUUUGGAUGGUCAUG